GACAUUCUAAAUCUAUGAAUUCCCAAAAUCCUUCUUUUGCAUUUUCAUCGUUCCCUCAAUUCCCAAAACCCCAUUUUCACUAAUCUUAAUUUCUCCAUCGAUUUCUUUCCAUUUUUCACCAAUCCAACAAUAUCUCACUUUGUUUUCAUCUCAAAUCCCAUAAAGCUACAAACUUUCAUUCAAUUCCUUACCAAAAACCCCUAAAUCCUUCUGACCCGAUUAAAGAUCCGAAUUUAUCAUCAAUGUUUUACUUUUUUUUCCAUUAAAGCUUCAAACUUUAUUUCAAUUUCUUACCAAAAACCAUAAAUCCUUCUGACCCGAAUCAAGAUCCGAAAUACCCACCAAGAUUUUAUCAUUUAUUGUGUACAAAGUUACAAACUUUUAUUAAAUUUCUUACCAAAACCCCUAAAAUUUUCCGACCCGAAAUCAUGUUGGAUCGGAUUUUUGGGACCCGCCGGACCCGGCAAUUCCAACGGCUUUUACGGAAUGGUAAGGUAACAAUCCUAUGUCUUGUUCUUACAAUUGUCGUCCUACGUGGCAACUUAGGUGCCGGGAAAUUCGGAACCCCAGAACAGGAUUUUAAAGAGAUCAGGGAAACCUUUUAUCAGUAUCGAGGAAAGCGAUCUGAGCCUCGCCGUGUUUUGGAGGAAAUUCAGACUGAAACGACGUCGUCUGAUGGUAAUGCUAAUAGUAAUAGUAAUAGUUAUGCCGAAUUUGAUAUUAAUAAGUUAUUUGUUGAUGAAAUUAGUAAUGAUGAUGUUAAAAAGAACCCAAAUGAGCCUUAUAGUAUCGGCCCGAAGAUAUCGGAUUGGGAUGAACAAAGGGGGGAAUGGUUGAAACAAAAUCCGGGUUUUCCGAAUUUUGUUAAUGCGGGUAAGCCUAGGGUGUUGUUAGUAACUGGUAGUUCCCCCAAACCGUGUGAGAAUCCGGUUGGUGAUCAUUACUUGUUGAAGAGUAUUAAGAACAAAAUUGAUUAUUGUAGGGUACAUGGGAUUGAGAUUUUUUAUAAUAUGGCGUUGUUAGAUGCGGAAAUGGCGGGGUUUUGGGCCAAGUUGCCGUUGAUUAGGAAGUUGUUGUUGAGUCAUCCUGAGGUCGAGUUUUUGUGGUGGAUGGAUAGUGAUGCUAUGUUUACUGAUAUGGCGUUUGAGGUACCGUGGGAGAGGUAUAAAGAUAGGAACUUGGUGUUGCACGGUUGGAAUGAGAUGGUGUAUGAUGAUAAGAAUUGGAUUGGGUUGAAUACCGGGAGUUUUUUGUUGAGAAAUUGUCAAUGGUCGUUGGAUUUGAUUGAUGUUUGGGCUCCCAUGGGGCCGAAAGGAAAGAUUAGAGAGGAGGCAGGGAAGGUUUUGACUAGAGAGCUUAAAGAUAGGCCAGUUUUUGAAGCUGAUGAUCAAUCGGCAAUGGUUUAUAUAUUGGCUACACAAAAGGAUAGAUGGGCGAAUAAGGUUUAUUUGGAAAAUCAUUAUUAUCUUCACGGUUAUUGGGGUAUUUUGGUUGAUAAAUAUGAGGAAAUGAUUGCAAAUUACCAUCCUGGUCUUGGUGAUCAUAGAUGGCCGCUUGUUACUCAUUUUGUCGGUUGUAAGCCUUGUGGGAAAUUUGGUGAUUACCCAGUUGAAAGAUGUUUGAAACAAAUGGAUCGUGCAUUUAAUUUUGGUGAUAACCAGAUUCUGCAGAUGUAUGGGUUUACACAUAAAUCACUUGCUAGUAGGAGAGUGAAACAAACUAGAAAUGAUAGUAGUAAUCCUCUUGAAGUGAAGGAUGAACUUGGUUUGCUUCACCCUGCAUAUAAAGCUUUCAAGGUACCGUCAUCUUGAGUACCGAAUAGGCUGCUUUGAUGUUUGAAUUAGUUUGUUGUUUCCACGCAUGAAUUGGUAUCGUGCCCUAAGUUAUGAUACAUUUGGAUUUUGUGUCGUUCUUUUAUUUGUCAAAAUGUCAUAGCCUGUUGGUUGCAUUGAAAUUUUUCUUGUUAUUAGCCACGUUUAAUUUAUAUAUGGAAAGCAAACAAAUAGCUCGAGCCAACUUUGGUUACAUGUUUAUUAUCUAGACUACUUUAGCUUGUUCUAUGUAACCUGUAAACAUUCUGAAAUUGUUCUUCAAUUAUUUCAGACAUUAGUUGGCUUAAUCCCAUUACUGUUAAUGUGAUGUUUUGUAAUGCCAAAUAUGAAAUGUCUAAUUCUUACUUUCAUUGUA